AUGAACAACGAAGUUAAAUUCUGGAAUAACGCAGCUUUCGACGGCGACGAUUUCACAAUGAAGACUUCUUGGUCUUCUUCCUCCGAUUGCACCAAAGAGAAUAUAAGCCCAACUGCACUCAAUAUGAACAUCGCCACUUCGAAAAAGAAUCGAAAGAAAGCCAUAGACGAUGAAAUCGCUGAAGUUGAAUUUGAAAUUAAGCGAUUAACCUCAAAGCUGGAAUAUCUUCGUCUUGAAAAAGUCGCGUCUGAAAAGCGCGUUAGUGGAAUUGGUACUGGAAGGGUUAUAGCUGCGAAGUUCAUGGAACCUAAGAAAAACGGUGUCGUUUUCAAAGAUGAUAAUGCUGUGAAAGGAAGCGGAAACGGCGUCGUUUUCAAAGAUGCCACGCCGAAGCGGAGCGGUGUCCGAAACAGUGGAGUUUUGAAAGAGGAUACGCCGAGGCCGAGGAUGAAUUGGAGGAGAGGGAUGAGUUUAGGUCCGGGGGAAAUUGCUGGUAAAAUGAUAGCUCCGGCGGUUACUCCGGCGACGGUGAAUAGGAGGAAAUCUUGUUAUGGGAAGCCGCAAGAAAUUUUGGAAGAAUCGAGAAGGAAGACGAUAUGUAAAGUGAGUUCUGUUGCUGUUGGAUCGGUUAAGCGUGAGGUGAAGAAGAAAGAGGAAGAGAUUGUUCAACCGAGGAAAUUGUUUGAAGGGGAAAAAUCAGUGAAGAAAGGGGUGAAACAAGGUAGGGUUGUGGCUAGUAGGUAUAAUUCUGGGGGUGUUGGUGAUGCGAAGAAAAGAUCGUUUUCUGAGAAUAAUAAGGGUUUUGGGAGUGAGAUUAGGGUUAAGAAGAGAUGGGAGAUUCCGAUUGAGGAAGUGGAUGUGAGUGGUUUUGCGAUGUUACCGAAGAUUUCCACGUUGAGGUGUAUUGAUGAGAGUCCUAGAGAUUCCGGUGCUGCUAAAAGAGUUGCUGCAAUGAACGGGAAGAAGUCUUAUUUCUGUGAUGAUGGAGGAGAUAAUGUAAUGGCGGUGGAGGGAGAAGGUAAUGUUUGUCAGGUUUUGAAGUUUGCUGAAGGUGAUGAUGAUGAUGAUGAUGGUAAACAAGGGUAG